CCAGCCACCUACAACAUUCACACACUUCAUAAGCAAGAGACAGAUAUAUUCCUACCAAUAUCCAGCCUAGUCAUGGAGUGGGAUGGAGAUAAGAGGGAAUUUAAGAAAACCACCAUGAGUUUGAGACUGAAGACUCAUAACUGACUCAGAGGGCAACAGAAUGGCUGACACUACCUAUGGCAGCAAAUAGAUGGUUGUUUUUGGAAAAUAACUGUACUCCCAAUCAACUUCUAUAGCAUGGCUCUUAGGUCCAUCAUGAGUGAGGAAUGGGAUUCAAACUCUACAGAAAGCUGGCAUUACAUUUGGAGUAAUGAUACAACACAUGAUCUGUACUCAGAUAUCAAUAUCACCUAUGUGAACUACUAUCUUCACCAGCCUCAAGUGGCAGCGAUUUUCAUUAUUUCCUACUUUUUGAUCUUCUUCCUAUGCAUGGUGGGAAAUACAGUGGUUUGCUUCAUUGUAAUGAGGAACAAACAUAUGCACACAGUCACUAAUCUCUUCAUCUUGAACCUGGCCAUAAGUGAUCUACUAGUUGGUAUAUUCUGUAUGCCUAUCACACUGCUGGACAAUAUUAUAGCAGGAUGGCCUUUUGGAAGUACAAUGUGCAAGAUCAGUGGCUUGGUCCAGGGAAUAUCCGUCGCAGCUUCCGUCUUUACUUUAGUUGCAAUAGCAGUGGAUAGGUUCCGGUGUGUUAUCUACCCUUUUAAACCAAAGCUCACUAUCAAGACAGCGUCUGUCAUCAUUAUGAUUGUCUGGGUCCUGGCCAUUGCCAUCAUGUCCCCGUCUGCAGUCAUGUUACACGUACGGGAAGAAAAAAAUUACCGAGUGAGAUUCAACUCCCAGGAGAAAACCAGUCCAGUCUACUGGUGCCGGGAAGACUGGCCAAGUCAGGAAAUGAGGAGGAUCUAUACCACAGUGCUGUUUGCCAAUAUCUACCUGGCUCCCCUGUCCCUCAUUGUCGUCAUGUAUGGAAGGAUUGGAAUUUCACUGUUCAAGAGGAAGGUGCCCCACACAGGCAAACAGAACCAGGAGCAGUGGCAGGUGGUAUCCAAGAAGAAGCAGAAGGUCAUUAAGAUGCUCCUGACCGUGGCCCUGCUUUUCAUUCUCUCCUGGUUGCCCCUGUGGACCCUGAUGAUGCUCUCGGAUUAUGUUGAUCUGUCUCCAAGUGAACUGCAGGUCAUCAACAUCUACAUCUACCCUUUUGCACACUGGCUGGCCUUCUGCAACAGCAGCGUCAACCCCAUCAUUUAUGGUUUCUUCAAUGAAAAUUUUCGUCGUGGUUUCCAAGAUGCUUUUCAUCUCCAGCUUUGCCAAAAAAGAGCAAAGUCCAAGGAAGCCUACACUCUGAGAGCUAAAAACACUAUGGUCAUCAACACAUCUCAUCUGUCAGCGCAGGAAUCGACAGUUAAAAACCCACAUGAGGAAACUGUGCUUUGUAGGAUAAGUGCUGAAAAGCCCUUACAGGAAUUAAUGAUGGAAGAAUUAGGAGAAAUUACCAGUAGCAAUGAGAUGUAAAAAGAGCUGGUGUGAUUAUUUUAACUCUGCUGUGUGAUAUACGUUGAAAUAUUGUUGAUUUCUUUGGCUUCGUACUUCAGUUCUAUGAAUGUUAGAAACCCUCUCUGGGAAAAAAGUAAACAAAAUGAACCGGUGGAGAGGGAGGUGGGAGGGGGGAUCGGGAUUGGGAAUACAUAUAAAUCCAUGGCUGAUUCAUAUCAAUGUAUGACAAAACCCACUGGAAAAAAAUAAUAAUAAUAAUAAUAAAAAAUAAAAAAAUAAAUAAAUAAAUAAAAUAUAUACAGAAACUUAUACACAAAUUGGCAUGGAUAAAUCUAUUUUCUAGGACCAGUUUUCAAAGCCUGAUCUUUUCCAACUUUGCUAUAUAAGUCAAGCAAGUGUUUUAUGUGUAUAUAUAUAUAUAUAUAUAUAUGCAACACACAUACACACACUUUCAUCAAAUGGGGAUAAAUGGGCAGUUCUUUGCAUGAGAGCACGUUUUGCAAAUUCUCCUUUUGCUUUUGAAUUGGAAAUUUUAGACUACAGAACUAUUUAUCUGUGUGUGCUUUUAAAAUGUACUCAGCUUUCUUAGAAAUAAGAACCACAAUAGCAAAUAAAGGGACAUUGUGUUUCUUUGUAUUUAAAGGUUGACUUUUUCCUUUUAAAAAGUACAAAGUUGGUAACUAUUGCUCCAAAUGAGUUAUUGUUGGGUUUUACUACUUUUGUAAAUGAAUUUAAGCCCUAACUGAACCCACGUUUCUUGUAGAGAUGAUUCAGGAUCCCAAGUUGACCUCCUUUCUAAUAGAAUCUCUGACAUAAAAAAGUCAAUCUUGUAAUAAAGAAGCAAUUGUCAGAGGAAAGCAGCUCUCUUUUGAAGGGCUUGAUCAGAGAUGUUCAACAGUCAUCGUAAGACUCCCAGAAAGUUUGAGCUGAUUAUUCCAGAUUUCUUACUGGGCAGAACAUUUCAAUCUAGAAGUCCUACUGGAUUAGCAAAUUAAUACUGCUACUAAGAGAAUGGUGAACCCCUGGAUUCUGCCUGGUUAGGAUUAUAUAGUGACAAUAGUCAUAAAACCUGGCUUUUAUUCUGGGGUGGGAUAGUCCCUAGAAAAUUGGGAAUUAUAAAAUAACAAAUAGUUUUGCAAAUAAAAAUAAAUCUCUGGGCUUGGACCUAUCACGUUUUCUCAGGCUGUAAUAUGGUUCAAAGUAAAAGCUUUCCAACACUAUAGGCCUUUGAGAAAAUAAUUGUUUCAAUUGGGUUUAUGCUAUGUGAUAUUUAAAUCUGUAUGUGUUACAUAUUUCCAAAACCUUUUUUGAAUUUCAUUAUUUCUUCUAUAUCAUGUCAUCUAUGUGUUAUGAAGAACUUAUUUGGGACUUCCUCAAUAACCACUUUUCUGAUUAUAAAAUAAUAAAAAUUACAUUAUGAAAUAUAAAAAGUUAUUAUCAAAACAACACCUGUUACUAGUAGAGUUUUCAUGAAAAACAGAAUGGAACAAAAAUUGCAUGUAAUUCCUCUUCAAGGGAAAAAUAAAACAGUGAAAACACUAUGUAGAUAAGCAUCCUGUAUGUACGUCUUUGCCAAGAUUGAUUAUUCAGGAAUGAUUAUUUUACCAUUGUCUACCUUACAAUAUCAUUAAUACAUAUUAAAUUUCUACAAUUGUGCUACUUUAAUGGUGAAAAAUCAUUUAAAUUUGUGGUUUUGAUUAUAUUGUUCCAUGUUUCUUAUUAUUUUGUAUUUAUUCCUCUUCCCAUUCAUUGGCCAUUUUCCCACUGUAGUUUUGUGGUUGUCUUUUAUCUAUUACUAUGCACUUUGGGGGGCUUC